AUGUUGCUGCUUACGUUUAUUUGGCUUGCACCACACAUCUGCUUGCAGGCCCAAGCGAAUUCACACUACAAUAAAUUUAAAUCAAUCACCAAGGCACCAACUGCUGCAACUUACACUCCCUCCUACUCCAUCUCUGCCGGCUUAUUGCCAGCCGGCACUCACCUAACCGCAGCGACAGCAUACGCAAGCGAGCAGGUAGCAUGGCCGCCCACAUUAACGCACAACAAUUGGUUUAUCCUGCAGGCAACUGCCAAAGCUGCGGUUGCUGCCGAUUCUGCAGAAAUAGGCGCUGAUAUGGCUAAUCAACCACAGCAACGCUUUACUGAGGCAGAAGCAAGGGCUGGGCGCGAGCAAACAGCGCACAGUCUAACGCGCAACAACUAUGCUGCACAUAUUAAACAGCAACAACAACAACAGCAACAACUUCCGGUAAAGUAUUACGCUUACAAUAAUAGCAACAGCGGAAAUUACGGUUCGUCGGCACAGGAUGUGCGCAUUGUCGAACCUUAUGCUUUGGCGUUCAACAAUCAGCGCCGCCAGCUGAUGGCUGUAGACGAGCAGGACCAUAGGCGUGUGCUGCGCAGCAAAGUCAACACCGACAGAGCUGUCAAUAAUGCCGGGUAUGUCAACACCAAAAGCAAUAAUCACAACAACGAUGACAAUAACAAAAGUCAGAGUAAACACAAUCAGGACAGCAAGAAUGCAAAUAUCGCACAAAGCAACGCAAACAAUGCCAGCAAUAUUGUUUCACAGCCACAAUUCCCGGCAUUGUUUGACUGGAAGGAUAUUGCACACGACAGCUACCGUUAUAGCAGUGGCGAUGGCAAUAACAACGAUAACAGUAAUGAAAACCUUGUUGAUGUUGAUGCUGAUGAUGAUGAUGAUAACGAGAGGGCGGAGAUAGGCAGUGUGGAGGAGGCACAGCUCGACGAAGUAGUCAUGCCAUUGGCAAGGGUUUUGGACAAAAUAAAGCAAUUUUGUGAUAUUUGGAAGCAAAUCAUCAGCGGGGGAAAUGAGCCAGACUUAGCAAGCAACAGCAGCCACAGUAUUGCCGAUGGCGGCGAAACUUUCGAGCAGGCAGCAUCCGCAACAACAGUGCACGCAACAAAUCCAGACACAACCAUUCCGGCUGGUGACACAACCGCACAGCUGCUGGCGGCUGAAGUUCAAGGUCGGCGGAGCGCACCCACCGUUAAAGCUGACACUGCACAUUCAAUCAUGCAACAAUCCCGAACAGCUGCUCCAGUGGCAUUAUUAUGGCCAACAGCGCCACGGUCAACUGCGGUUACAGCAUCACCAACAACAACUACAACAAGAUUUACUACAAAAAAUCCAGCAUCAGCCACCGCCACAGCCAAAGUCAUAGCAAAAUCAUUAACAUCAACUGCGUUGGUCAUUGGACGCGGGAAAAAGUGGAAAAAGAAACUGAAAAAAUUAAUAUUGCCAUUGUUGUUGGCAUAUAAGUUGAAAUUCAUGGCAUUAGUGCCGUUGUUAAUUGGUGGCCUAACACUGCUUGUCGGCAGUACCGGCCUGGCCGGAUUCUUCUUCGCGCUCUUUUUGACAGUGAUGAGUUUAAAGAGUGGCGGCAACGCCAACAAAUCGAUUAUUAUCAAGAAAGAUUGGUGA